AUGAUACCCUCGCGAAGAUUGCCGGUGGUGUUCUUCUCCAAACAAUCUGGCGUUGUGACAGCGGUGAGUCAUGAUACCCUCGCGAAGAUUGCCGGUGGUGUCAAGCAUGGAAUCCAGCGUUGCUACGAUCGUCAGUCGGAUGUUGAUAUGUUUGUGUGCCUCCAAGGAGAUAAAUACAUUCCCAACAAGCUUCCAAUCAAUCUUGAAGGCAUCGAUGCUACAAUGGAAACCGGUUCAAAUGGAGACCUCAAAUUCAAGACUCUCAGAGGCAACCACACUCUCAAUGUUAUCUUCAGUGGUGGUGGCUCUCAGUUCCGUCUUCAAAUGGAAGAUCGACCGCCACAAGCACAACAACAUCAUCAAAGGGCAUCCAUCAAAAAGAACAACGAAAAGCCACGACAGCGCUCUUCACAACAACAGCGCCCUGCCUUUCGCCCUGCCGUUCCCUCUGGUCCAGAAGCCAACAACCGCGAAACUGCCCGCCGCAGAACUGCCGGCAGCACGUUAUCUCUAUCUGAUUCGUCUGAUGAUGAACCUUGUGUUGUGCAUGUGCGUCGUCGACAGAGGACUGGAGGGCAACGCAAUCAAAGCAGACAACAUGACGGAAAUUCGUCCUCUCCGGAACAGGUUUACCAGGACUUUUCGCAGCUCACGGGGCGGCGUAAAUGUGGCUGAAGUGUCGCCUAGCUGGUAGUAGUAGUAGCGGACCUAAGGCGCCUAUUAUCUUGCCUAUGUCCUCCAAAAAGCAGCGGCAUUUCGCCAUGGUCGCCGUUGAAGAAUAGUGGUUGCAAUCGUCUUUCGAUCGAAGUUGCAUCCGGAGCAAUAGCUAUAUAAAAUAUCUCUAAC